AUGGCCAACCCUCUGAGGCCUGAAGUGGUCCGGCUCUACAAGAACCUCCUCUACCUCGGGAGGGAGUACCCCAAAGGCGGCGACUACUUCAGGGACCGUCUGAGAGCAGCGUUCACGAAGAACAAGUGGGUCCAGGAGCCCGAGCAGAUCCGGGCCCUGAUCGCCCGGGGCCAGUUCGUGGCCCGGGAGCUGGAGGCGCUUUACUACCUGAGGAAGUACAGGGCCAUGAAGAAGCGCUACUACGAGGAGUGA